AAUACACAGCGCGCUUCUCUGUUCCUGCACGUCAGACGUGGCUCAGUCAGUCCUCUGCAUUCAAACCUUCCUGAUCUCCAUCUUGAGCAUAUACCCCACGCCUGUUUCCUGCAGGAAUUUAUUUUACAAAAAUGGGAGAUAUAAGACUGCCGAGGCACAUGUUCAUGUGGUGUCUUUCUGCUAUUUAUAUGUUUGCCUUUGCGUCUCUUUACGUUCAGAUUCCGGGUCUGUAUGGAAAUGAGGGAUUGCUGCCAGCACGGUGGCAGCUGCGAGUGUCUGGGAAGAGUGUUGUGGAGCAGCUGAAGGAUACUCCCACCCUGCUGUGGUUUGGUCCUCAUCUGGGUUUGGACACACAGCAGUGCAUGGAGCUGUUCAGUCUGACCGGAGCUCUGCUCAGUUUACUGACUUUGGCUUUACCACCGCUCCGAGAUUGCAGAGUUUUCCUGGUGCUCUGGAUGCUCUAUCUGUCUCUCUACCAGGUGGGCCAGGUAUUCUUAUACUUUCAGUGGGAUAAUCUCUUGUUGGAGACGGGCUUCUUGGCCAUUCUUGUCGCUCCUAUGAAAAUGCCCUGGUCCUCAAAGGUGUGCCUCCAUGAUAAUGUGACAUUCUGGUUGGUGCGCUGGCUGUUGUUUCGGCUGAUGUUUGCGUCGGGUGUCGUCAAAUUGACCAGCCGCUGCCCCACUUGGUGGGGCCUGACAGCUUUGACCUAUCACUAUGAGACCCAGUGUAUACCGACCCAGCUGGCCUGGUUUGCUCAUCAGCUGCCAAUGUGGUUCCAGAAACUCAGUGUAGUGGGUGCCUUUGUUAUCGAGAUAGCAGUUCCUUUCCUGUUCUUCAGCCCCAUACGAAGACACAGGCUCGCCGCCUUCUACAUGCAGGUCCUGUUUCAGGUGUUUAUCAUCCUGUCUGGAAAUUAUAACUUCUUUAAUAUUCUCACUAUCACCCUGUGCCUGUCGCUACUGGAUGACCAACAUGUAAACUUCUGGCUCCGCAGACCCACGCUGAAGACAGAAAGCACAUCGUUACAGACUCUAUUCUCUGGAAUGGCUUUAAUGUUAGAGGUCAGUGUAUACGCCCUGCUUGGCUACUGGACAGUCCGAUACUUUGACCUGCAGGUGGACUGGGAAAAGAAAAGCGUGUCCUCCAAAACAGCCUUUACUUAUUUUGAGUUCAAUGGCUUUCUGAAGACUGUUACGGUGCCCAGUAUCUGGAUUGGUGUUUUGUGUCUCGCGUGGGAGAUCAUCACUGCCAUGUUUAAAUGUGCUUGUGUGAGGGGCGUGUUGUGGCGUCUCUGGAGCACAAUCCAGUGGGCGGUGAUGGCUGCGGCUGCUGUCUCAAUGUUUGCCAUCAGUCUGGUUCCUUACACCUACUUUGAGUAUGAUGCCAACAGUAAUCUUUGGCCUGGGAUCCGGACAGCGUUUGAAAUGACUGACCGUUACCAGCUGGUCAACUCAUACGGAUUGUUCCGGAGAAUGACCGGGGUCGGAGGUCGUCCAGAGGUGGUCAUUGAGGGCAGCAUGGAUCGCAACACAUGGACGGAGAUCGAGUUCAUGUAUAAGCCGGGGAACAUGAGCGCAGCGCCCCCUUUUGUGGUUCCGCACCAGCCCAGGCUGGACUGGCAGAUGUGGUUUGCUGCUCUGGGGCCGCAGACACAGAGCCCCUGGUUCAGCAGCCUCCUACACAGACUCCUGCAGGGCAAACACGAUGUGGUCAAACUCAUUCAGACAGAUGAGUCUCAGUAUCCAUUCAGCAAACAGCCUCCUGCGUACCUUAGAGCUCACCGUUACAAAUACUGGUUCAGCGAGCCAAAAGCGGACGGUUCAUAUCCCCAGCGAUGGUGGAGACGGGUGUACGUGGAAGAGUUCUAUCCUAUAGUGCACCUUGGUGACUCUUACCUUGAACAGAUGCUGGUUCAACAUGGUUUGAAGGAUAAGGCUCCUCCGAGGCGCAGCUCGAAUGCUUGGCUGCCGCGGUUAUUGCGAUAUGUAGGUGAACAUGCCCGUGAGAUACCAGCUCAUCUUCUGCUGUGGACUCUCUUCAGCUCUGCAGCGACCAUGUGUCUCCUCAACUCUCUGCGAUCGCGUGCACAUCAUCGCCAACACGAAUCGCUCCAGAACCAACACACAGACAAACAGGCCGCAGGACGGACAUGCUUCAAUGUGGCGGAAAAGAACGAGAAGAAACACGAGGAGGAGGAGGAGGAGGAGAAAGCGGAGGUUACAAAAGAUGAUCUGGAAGAAGAGGGAAAGGAGCAGGAUAUAGAUGCAACAAGUGAAGAGGAACAGGAAGGAGAAAUUGAAGAGGAAGUGAGUGCAGAGGAAACCGAAGAGGACAGCCUUAGGAAAAGGAAGUGAUGCGUUUCUUUUUCUUCAAAUAAUCUACCUCUGGGCUUUUUAAUACCAGCUCAGGGUAAUGACAUCUACCCCAAAAAUAUCAGCAUUUACACCUUCAUUGUGCCAGAACAUUGAUCUUUCUCUGUUUUCACAGGCAUUUUUGAGAGAUGUAGACAGAGUAGUGAAGCUUUCAUGUAUCCCAGCAGUGUCCUGGAUUUUCCUGCACAUUUAGUUAAACUAAUCCCGAUAGGAGGACCUCAAUGCAAAAUGAGGGAUUUCUGUUGUUGGUCUGACCGGUAAAUGGAAAACGAGGUAGGUUAUUGUUCCCCCAGUGUGCACUACUACACCCUACAUGAAAAGCCAGGAUGUCUUCCACCAUGAGACCUAAAUUUACUGUAAAAAAACAAGCAAACUGUACAUUAAAUGAACAUACUGGGCCUCAUUAAAUGGAAGAGUGGGAUUUGAGUUUGUAAAAGCAUUCUUGCGUUGAAUUGAAUGCAUCGAAAUGCCAACCAGCACUUUUAUGAACUAUUUGCACAGACAUUCCUUUGUUCUGCUCAUGUUUUUUGAAUGAAGCCCAGUAUGUGCUGUGCCUUAUGGUAUACCAAAAGUAUCACACAAGUCUAGGUAUCAGAAAAUAUUUCAUUCUCAUUUUAUUUUCAUGAAUAAUAUAGAGAUGCUUAAAUAUUUUUUCCCCUUAGACUGUUAUCUUGUAUUUUUGGUGUUAUAUGACCUGAAAUUGUUUAUCGGACUGUAACUGUAGAUUUGUGUAUUGUUCGUGACAUUGCUUUUUAGUUUUUUACCACUGUGAUGUUGUUAAAAAAUUGCAUGUUUAUUGUUAAUAUGACUGAAGAUGCACACACUGUAGUAUUUAAUAAAUUUGUGCCAUUAUUUCCAAAGAAA